GGCCGACAUGGUGCGAGCGCUGCUCUUUCAUGCCUCGCUGCCACCGCUGGCGCCUUCCAGCUCCUCCCCAUCCCUUCCCCUCACCCCCUGCAAGCUCGAGGGCCAUCAUCCUCUGUCGGUUCUGGCAUGGGCUCUCUCAAGGGUCGCUCUCCUGUCCCGCCUCUGAGGUCCCGCUCUGCCUGCUUCCUGCGCAUGUCCGAGGGCGCAAAGUUGGACAAGCGUGCGGAACGUAGGAGGAUUGUAGCGUCAGAGAACUUCAAUCGAAGAGGGUUCGGUGAGACCAAGGAGGAGGUCCAGGGCAUGAUGGUGGAGGAGUUCACCUCGGACAUGGUGAAGGAGCUCAAGGAGAACAAUAACGUGAUUGAGAGGAACAAUGUAGUGAUCAAGCUCGCAGAGUCCUACGGCUUUUGCUGGGGAGUGGAACGAGCAGUCGCCAUGGCGUACGAGGCGAGGUCCUUCUACAAGGACGACAAGAUCCACAUCACCAACGAGAUCAUCCACAACCCAGGAGUCAACGGCCGACUGAAGGACAUGGGAUAUAACUUCGUGCCUGUCAACGGCGGUGUGAAGGACUUCUCGGAUGUCAAGGAGGGCGACGUUGUUGUCCUUCCUGCCUUCGGGGCCUCGCUGGAAGAGAUGCAGCUUCUCGACUCCAAGGGAUGUAGGAUCGUGGACACCACGUGUCCAUGGGUGAGCAAGGUGUGGAAUGCAGUGGACACUCACAGGAGGAAGGACAUGACGUCUGUGAUCCACGGGAAGUGGGCCCACGAGGAGAGCAUCGCAACGGCAUCCAUGGCGGAUACCUACAUAAUCAUCAAGGAUAUGGAGGAGGCCAAGUACGUGACCAACUACAUUCUCAACGGAGGCAAUAAGGAGGAGUUCAUGGCAAAGUUCAAGAACGCUUGCUCCUCUGGGUUUGAUCCUGAUCGCGAUCUGAAGAAGGUCGGGAUUGCCAACCAGACAACCAUGUACAAGGAGGAGACGGCUGCCAUCGCCAAGCUCUUCGAACGCACCAUGUUGAAGAAGUUUGGUCCCGAGAACGUCAAUGUGCAUUUCAUGGCGCUAGACACUAUCUGCGAUGCCACUCAAGAGAGGCAGGACGCGAUCAACGAUCUGAUCAGGGACGAUAGCGUUGACUUCUACCUCAUCGUGGGUGGGUGGGACAGCUCCAACACUGGACAUCUCCUCGAGAUUGUUCACAUGAACGGCAAGGUCGGCUACCACAUCGACAUGGCCCACCGCAUCCGCGAGGACGGAAGCAUCGAGCACAGGGAGACCGACGGCACAAUCACUGUGACCAAGGACUUCUUGCCCAAGGGCAAGGUCACCGUCGGUGUGACCAGUGGGGCCUCCACCCCAGACAGAUAUCUGCAGGAGUCUGUGGAGCGAGUGCUGAUGCUCAAGGCGCUGGAGAAGGAUGGAGCGAUUGCUUGAGCCUUGUCCGAAGCUCGAGAACCUCAUUGUACUAUGUUCAACAUUGACAGCGCCUGAAUUGCUUCGUUUGUGCAGACACGGCGCCAAUAAACCGAGUUUCUUAC